CCAAUCUUCCAGUAAUUAUUUUAUUACCAAUAUGGGAGCUAAAGACUCUUUCCAUAUCCAGUUUGAUGGUGGUCAUAAGACUAAAAUACAUUACGAUCCAACUAGUUCAGUCAAGAUGCACAAUUCAGCUUGGGAUGUUAAUAUUGAUAUGAUAUGUGUGAUAAGAAAUAAUAAUUUUCGACCUGAUGUUGGCAUUUGGUUUUGGACUCUAAC